AUGGCGGACGGAAAGACCUCUGCGUCUGUUGUAGCGGUUGACCCCGAGCGCGCGGCGAAGGAACGCGACGCAGCCGCCCGCGCGAUGCUACAAGACGGCGGCGUCUCGCCGGUCGGAAAGGCUCAGCUGUUGAAGAAGGGACUCGCGUACGCCGUUCCGUAUACCCUCAAGAUCGUCGUGGCAGACCCCAAGGCAAUGGAGAAGACGACGGCAGAUGUAGAGAAAGUGCUCCAGACCGCCUUCCAGGUGGUCGACACCCUUCUCAACAACUUCAACGAGAACAGUGAGGUGUCCCGCAUCAACCGAAUGCCCGUUGGUGAAGAACACCAGAUGUCUGCGGCGCUGAAGCGUGUGAUGGGCUGCUGCCAGCGUGUGUACAACUCGUCGCGCGGCGCCUUUGACCCUGCAGUCGGCCCGCUCGUCCGUGAGCUACGCGAGGCCGCUCGUGAGGGGAGGACGCUGCCAGCGGAGCGCAUCAACGCCCUCCUCAGCAAGUGCACGCUGAACAUCAGCUUCUCCAUUGACCUAAACCGUGGCACAAUCGCCCGUAAGCAUGCGGACGCGAUGCUGGACCUUGGUGGUGUGAACAAGGGCUACGGUGUCGACUACGUCGUCGAACACCUCAACAAUCUCGGCUACGACGAUGUCUUCUUUGAAUGGGGCGGUGAUGUGCGUGCCAGUGGGAAGAACCCGUCAAAUCAACACUGGGUCGUCGGCAUCGCGCGCCCACCCGCUUUAGCGGACAUUCGUACAGUGGUGCCGCAGGACAAGCAGUCCUUUAUCCGUGUGGUGUGCCUCAACGACGAGGCCAUCGCCACCAGCGGUGACUACGAGAACCUCGUUGAGGGCCCUGGGUCAAAGGUAUAUUCAUCUACCUUCAAUGCAACGUCCAAGAGCCUGCUGGAGCCGACCGAGACGAACAUAGCACAGGUUUCCGUAAAGUGCUACAGCUGCAUGUACGCCGAUGCCCUGGCCACCGCUGCGCUCCUCAAGAACAACCCGACGGCCGUUCGCCGCAUGCUGGACAACUGGCGCUACGUGCGCGACACCGUCACCGACUACACCACCUACAGCCGUGAGGGUGAGCGUGUUGCCAAGAUGUUCGAAAUCGCCACGGAGGAUAAGGAGAUGCGCGCGAAGCGCAUCAGUGGCUCGCUCCCGGCCCGUGUGAUCAUCGUUGGUGGCGGUCUGGCCGGUUGCUCGGCUGCGAUCGAAGCAGUCAACUGUGGCGCGCAGGUAAUUCUCCUCGAGAAAGAGGCAAAGAUUGGCGGCAACAGCGCCAAGGCAACAUCCGGCAUCAACGCCUGGGGCACUCGUGCGCAGGCGAAGCAGGGCGUCAUGGACGGUGGCAAGUUCUUUGAGCGCGACACACACCGUUCCGGCAAGGGUGGUCACUGCGAUCCGUGCCUUGUCAAGACGCUCUCUGUGAAGAGCUCUGACGCGGUGAAGUGGCUGUCCGAGCUGGGCGUGCCGCUGACGGUGCUGUCGCAGCUCGGCGGUGCAAGUCGCAAGCGCUGCCACCGCGCCCCAGAUAAGUCAGAUGGUACCCCAGUCCCGAUCGGCUUCACGAUCAUGAAGACCCUGGAGAACCACAUCAUCAACGACCUCAGUCACCAGGUCACUGUAAUGACAGGCAUUAAAGUGACAGGGCUAGAGAGCACGAGCCAUGCCCGCCCUGAUGGCGUCCUUGUGAAGCACGUCACGGGCGUCCGCCUCAUCCAGGGCGACGGGCAGUCCAGGGUGCUGAACGCCGACGCCGUCAUUCUCGCCACCGGCGGCUUCUCGAACGACCACACGGCCAACUCGCUUCUGCAGCAGUACGCACCGCAACUAUCCUCCUUCCCCACAACCAACGGCGUGUGGGCCACAGGCGAUGGCGUCAAGGCGGCGCGUGAGCUUGGCGUGGAGCUUGUCGACAUGGACAAGGUGCAGCUGCACCCGACCGGCCUGCUGGACCCGAAGGAUCCGUCGAAUCGCACCAAGUACCUCGGCCCCGAGGCGCUGCGUGGCUCCGGCGGCGUGCUGCUGAACAAGAACGGUGAGCGCUUUGUGAACGAGCUGGACCUGCGCUCCGUCGUGUCGCAGGCGAUUAUUGAGCAGAACAACGUCUACCCCGGGUCCGGCGGCAGCAAAUUCGCAUACUGUGUGCUGAAUGAGGCCGCGGCGAAGCUCUUCGGAAAGAACUUCCUGGGCUUCUACUGGCACCGUCUUGGCCUCUUCGAGAAGGUGGAGGACGUCGCUGGCCUGGCGAAGCUGAUUGGCUGCCCCGAGGAGAAUGUGACGGCAACUCUGAAGGAGUACAAGGAGCUCUCCUCCAAGAAGCUGCACGCCUGCCCGUUGACUAACAAGAACGUGUUCCCGUGCACCCUGGGAACCGAGGGGCCCUACUACGUAGCCUUCGUCACGCCGUCGAUCCACUACACCAUGGGCGGCUGCCUCAUCUCCCCUUCGGCUGAAAUGCAGACGAUAGACAAUACCGGCGUGACCCCCGUUCGUCGUCCCAUCCUUGGGCUCUUUGGCGCUGGCGAGGUGACUGGUGGCGUGCACGGUGGAAACCGCCUCGGCGGCAACUCGCUGUUGGAGUGCGUCGUCUUUGGAAGGAUCGCCGGCGACCGUGCAGCCACAAUUCUGCAAAAAAAGAACGCGGGGCUGUCCAUGACGGAGUGGUCGACGGUGGUGCUGCGUGAGGUGCGCGAGGGUGGCGUGUAUGGUACCGGCUCGCGCGUACUGCGAUUCAACAUGCCCGGCGCGCUGCAGAAAACGGGCCUUGCGCUUGGUCAGUUCAUCGCCAUGCGUGGUGACUGGGACGGUCAGCAGCUGCUCGGCUACUAUAGCCCCAUCACGCUGCCAGACGACAUCGGUGUGAUUGGUAUCCUCGCCCGUGCCGACAAGGGCCGCCUAGCGGAGUGGAUCUCUGCCCUACAGCCUGGCGACGCGGUGGAGAUGAAGGCGUGCGGUGGUCUCAUUAUUCACCGCCGCUUCGCUGCCCGCCAUCUCUUCUUCCGCAGCCACAAGAUUCGCAAGCUGGCUCUCAUCGGCGGCGGCACGGGUGUCGCACCGAUGCUGCAGAUUGUGCGGGCUGCGGUGAAGAAGCCCUUCGUAGACUCGAUCGAGAGCAUCCAGUUCAUCUACGCCGCCGAGGACGUAUCGGAGCUGACGUAUCGCACGCUGCUUGAGAGUUACGAAAAGGAGUACGGCUCUGGUAAGUUCAAGUGCCACUUCGUCCUCAACAACCCUCCUUCUCAGUGGACCGAGGGCGUCGGCUUCGUUGAUACCGCUCUGCUGCGCUCCGCCGUGCAGGCGCCGUCCAACGACCUUCUGGUGGCCAUCUGUGGUCCGCCGAUCAUGCAGCGUGCUGUGAAAAGUGCACUCAAGGGCCUCGGCUACAACAUGAAUCUCGUGCGCACGGUGGAUGAGCCAGAGCCUCUCUCGGCCAAGAUUUAA